AUGAUGAAGACUGGCAGUCUGUCUUGGUUGGAGUGCAAGCGCGAGCAUUUCCGACACAAGCAGCGCACACCUCACUCCGCUCCUGCACAAGCUUCCGACGUUUCCGUAGUCGCCAUGAAGGUUUUGCUACAAGUGGCUGCAGCACUCUCAUGGUUGUCGAUGGCAGCAACGGCCAUUAAGCCCGUCGAGCACGUCCUGGACACCAUGUUGCGUGGCAACAACGACAGCUUACCGGGGAUCAAGGACGCCAAGUGGUAUUGGGAAAACGACCACGAAUUCACCUCCGAGAAUCUCGAAUUCUUCGAAAACUUCAAGCCCCACGACGAGAACCAGACGUGUUCCAGUGACCGACACGCUACUCCAUUCAACAAGCAGGUCCGCGGUGCCAAUCUCGGUGGUUGUACACAAGAGCGGUUCGGCGACAAGGCCCCCGAGAAGACGGCAAUGGAUAUGUACACCUUCUGCACGGCACUAGGCAAGGAAGAAGCCAAUCGCCAACUGCGUAUUCACUGGGCUACCUGGGUGACCGAAGCUGACCUGAAAGAGAUGGCUGAAGCCGGCGUGAACUCGCUCCGUGUACCGGUGGGCGACUGGAUGUUCAUUCCGUAUGAGCCCUACAUCGGCUGCACGGACGGCGCUGUCAAUGAACUGGACCGUGUUGCUAACCUCGCCUACAAGUACAACAUCGACUUGCUGCUGGACAUCCACGGACUCGUCGAUUACUACUGGAAGUCCUACAAGCGCGUUAAGGCCCGUGCGCCGCCAGGCAAAUUUGUGCUGCACGACUCGUUCCGGUUCGGUGUCCAGUAUUGGUCGCAGUUCAUGCGCGGUUGCCCCGAUAUCGCCCUGGACACCCACAUCUACCAGGCUUGGAACGCCCCCGGUACCCGAUCAGACUACUUCUCUAAUGCCUGUCAGCAAAAGUAUAUGAUUGCCGACAUGGAGAACGCUAUGAUGCCUGUAAUUGUUGGUGAAUGGUCGCUGGGCACAGACAACUGCGCCAUGUGGCUAAAUGGCUUCAAUGACAAUCUGCCGGGUUUCCCUAACAUUCAGUGCCGCAUGACACAGUGCCCCGUGCACAGCACCUACCUCGGCCAGGGAUUCCCCGGCACUCCGUUGGAUAUUACAAGGCCAAUUCAAGGUCCGUACGGCACUGGCCAAUCCGGUCCGUCGUUCGGCAAGUGCCCGAUCACCAGCAACACGUCGUUUGGCCAGCAAGACGACACCGACGAGCGCGAGUUCACGCGUAACUUGAACAUGAAGAAGCUGAAUGCAUUCGCCGUUGGUCACGGCUGGUACUUCUGGAACUUCAAGACGGAGUUUGGCUCGCGUUGGAACUUCCUGGAGCUGGUUCGUAAGAGCGCUUUUCCCAAGAAUGUGUCGAAUUAUCGCUCCGACGAGGAAGUCUUCUCGGCUUGCCUGGCUGAGGACAAGGGCGCAUUCGUCUGUGCGGCAAAGCGUGGAGUUCAUCGAUCGGACCUCGAGAGCGGCUUGGAUUUUGCCUGUGGUGGCGACGAUGGCAAGGUGGACUGCACCGACAUUGACAAGCGCUUUACUACGAUCGAGGAGCGCUGUGACUGGGCGUUCAACGAGUACUGGCAUGCUCACCGUGAGGAAGGCGCUACAUGUGACUUUGGCGGCGCAGCACACCUUAUGACGAUCCCCAGUCCGUCUAGCGUCGAGCGUCAGGAAUUCCUGACCGCCUCCGUUACGUUGACGGUUGGAACUCUGACCACGAUCAUGGACGCCGAUUGCUGGGUGCAAUAUCGCUCAACAUGGUGGGCCAAGUUGGACAACACGUACGCGUUAGCUAGCCUAGCUGCUAGGCGGGUUUCUCGAUCUGAGGUCCUGAGCAAGUAUGGAUAG